AUGCACUUCCGGCAUCUUAUACUCGGAGCGGUUUUCUGCUCGGCUGGUGAAGCAGCCUUCAAUGGUACUGGCUCACUUUUCGGUAACAGCACCGCUUCCGCCGCACAGGCAGCUGCAGAAGACUGCACUCUUUACACCCCCAAGUCUGGUGAUACUUGUCAAGACAUCUUCCAGCAUACGAACGCGACGUAUGCACAGCUUUUGCGAUGGAACCCGACCCUGGAUCCAUCUUGCACGAACUUGUCAAACUUUACUUCGGGCAUUUGUGUUAGCAACCCCCAAGGUGGUGCUCAUACAAUCUCGUCCAACACUGUCGGCGCAACCUCUACCUUUCCGUCCGCUACCCCAGCACCUUCGCCCACCGGGGCCGGAACCAACGGCAACUGCGGCCAGUACCACUUGGUGAAGCCAGGUGACGACUGUGGCAAGAUCCUGACAAAAUACGGAAUCACUCUCAAAGACUUUGUAUUUUUGAACCCAGAGGUUAAGGACGACUGCACCAAUCUCUGGGGCAAUUACUACUACUGCGUCAGCCCUGUUGGACUCAUCAGUGAUUACCCGGGAUACGAUGGCAAACCCACUCGCCCUCCUAUCACGACUUCGCCGAUGAAGUCAACUUCUGGCAUUUUCAGCCAGCUUCCCAGCAUCACCGGAGGCCGCGCCAUUCCAACAGCCAGCGGAACUCGGAAAGAUUGCUACUUAUACCAGGAGUUUGACGAUUUUACAAACAGCACUCUGCAAGACUGCUGGAACGCCGCCUAUGCCUUUGGAGUGUCUCCCGAGGAAUUUAUUGUGUGGAACCCGUCUCUCGAGCAGUCCACAGGCUCGUCCGGCUCUAUUGCGCCCACUCCCACAGGAGGUAACCAGUACGGUUAUCCGUGCACCUUGCAGACGAGUCUCUCGUAUUGUAUGCAGUUAUUUUCACCAACUCCAGCUCCUACAUCGACGUCCGCGCCACCCAGCCCGCGUGCGUCGGGUGAGAUAUCGGGCUGCACGUCAUGGUACGCACCAGAAGAUUACGAUACCUGCGAGGGCAUCUUGAACAUCUUCCAGCUGUCAAUCGACCAGUUCUACAAGAUGAAUCCUUCCAUUGGAAGCGACUGCACAAAGAUGGCUCUCGGCACGUACUACUGCAUCUCCACGCAGUCCGAUGGCGGCCCUCCCCCUAGCGGCGCGCCCACUACUACCACCACUUCGACUCCCCCGGCUGGCGCCACUCCUUCGCCGAUCCAGGAUGGAAUGGUGGCAAACUGUAACAAAUUCUACAAGGUCGUUCCUGGCGAUGGCUGCUACAACCUUGCCCACGAUCAGGGUAUCAGUCUUGACGACUUUUACAAGUGGAACCCUGCAGUCAAGAAUGACUGCACUGGAUUACAGGCAGGCUACUACGUCUGCAUCCACGUGAAGGGUUAG